CCAUCACUAGUUGCAACAUAAAGUCAAAGACAUAGAUUGGGUGAAGUGAUCAAACGAGCAAGUCCGUGUGCUUUCUCGAGAACACAACAAUCUCUUGAACUUUUGUUCUCAUACAACAUGAAUUGGAACCCAUUAUUUAGUGUGACUGUACUCCUUGUUUGUUGUUUUUCAGUCGUGGAUUUGGCUGAAGAUAACAAUGAAGCAUCUUCAUCUAGACCUAUCACUGGCAUCUUGGACUACCAACAUGUAAUGUUGGGGCCACCAGGGAACCUUACAGUGCUGUACACUGGGGAGACGAAUGUAGUUGUCGCAUGGGAUCCCCCUGUGGUCUAUCACGCUCACGACAUCAAUGACACAGAGGUUACUGUCACCGCGCUCACUGGCAGUUAUGUGGCAGAGAAUGUUUCUCAGACAAAUGAGAGCGCUGCGUCAGACCCAUCCUCUGAGAGCAACAUGGGAGACGUGACUGUCAGCCCUGGAGACAGCACUGAUUCAAGUGAAGUCACUCCAAGUGCUGAGCCUGCCAACAGGCCAGAGCUGGUAUGUCAACCCCAGAGGUUCUUUUCCAACUACACCGUUGGCUUGGACUCUGAUCCCAAGGAUGCCGAGGGCUACAGGGUCAUACAAUUCAGAGAAACAGAGGAAAGUAUGGAGAAGAAAAAGUGAAGAGCAUGAAAGUUCCGCCGACAUUUCGACAAGCCAACAUCACGGGCUUGGAGCCGGGCAUGGAGUACUGGAUCAGUGUCAAAGCCACUUACCUCUCUGGAGACAGCUAUGAGACGCAGAAGAAGGUGUUCAUUAAUACAUGGCUUGCUGGCGAGAACAAAACUUGUCAGUGUGACAUGUUUGGUGCCGUCUUGCAAGACUGUAAAGCAGACCAUGGCCCACAGUACUGCAAGUGUAAGACUGGCUACACGGGUCCAUUCUGUGAGGUGUGUCAGCCCGGCUACUACCGAACGGCACCUUAUUACCCGUGUCAUCGAUGCCCAUGUAAUGAACAUGCAACACGCACCGCCACCUGCAGCUUUCGCGAGGGCUUCCUCCAGUGUGACCAGUGUGAGACUGGUUACCGUGGCAACAUCUGCCACCUGUGUGACAAGAACUACUACCGAUCAAGAGGCCGCUGCGUGCCUUGUUUCUGCAAUGGACACACUCCUGUGAAUGCCACUCAUAUGUGCAAGAGAAUAAUAGGGGAGUGUCUGGACUGUCAGCACAACACCACAGGGUUCCAUUGUGAGCGAUGCUUGCCCGGCUACAAGCGAUUCCAAGCCAACAACUACAGCAGGAGCUGUGUCCUGAUUGACUCCCCUGACGUCCUAGCGGGCCGGUCCUCUUCCUCCGUGUCGCCGGGCGUCAUCGGCGCAGUCAUCGUGGCCGUCCUCCUCCUGGUGGCCCUGGUGGUGGGUGCCUUGUGGCUGAGGCGUAACCGAGGCCGACGGGCCAAUUGGAAGUUUUGGACGGUGGAGAUGAAGCGGGAUCAGGACGACGUUGAUUUCAACUCUGUGCACAAUGACGAUGCGCACAUGGAUGACAUUGAUGAUCUCAACUUUUACGAGCGUGUCGGUAAAGGGACCAGCUCCAACGCAUACGCUCGCCUGCACGAGGAUUUCUAAUACAAUUUAUUAUGUUUGUCACACCCUUGGACUGGGAAUGGUUGUCCAGAUAACUUUUGGCUGUUUUUUGGCAAACAUUUACCAGACUGUUGGCUGUUUUUGGUGAACUCUUAUCAAACUAUUGAUGGUUUUGUUUUUCAGUCAUAAAAGGGGGUGGGCUGUGCUGGAUUUACAUCCUGUAUCAGUACAACUUUGUUUUCUCUUUGAGUAGAUCUGAAUCUUUUCACUGGUACUGAUUAAUUUUUAUUGUGUUUGUGUGCUUCCUAAUUACCGAAAAUUGUUCAAUACAAUGGAGUCCUGAAAUACCGAGAAGUCCGUUAUAAAAACACUAUUAUAAAACCUCGUUUUUUCCCGUCUUUAUCUUUGUAAAUAAAAUACUGCUAUAGUGCAAUCAGACAAACACGCGAGUCGGUUAUAGCGGAAUAUUGCUGCUGUUGUGCGCAGCGCAUAGGCCAAUUAUACAUAAUGUAAAACCCCGCAGGUUGAGAAACUUGUUGGAGAACUAGCGAAACAAAGAAUGAGAGAGUCCACAUGUGUCAACACUGGAGGUUGAAGCGAAUGAGUCGGGAGUGUGUGGCAUGCGCAGACAAUCAGAACGCAUCGCAUGAUAGGCCAGCCUAGUCUAGAUUAUCUAGACCUACCAUGCCUCUUGCUUUUCCGAUGCGGGGAUGGAGAGGUCACAAUGAUUUGAUGGAAUGAAGCGAAUAUGUGACGUGCGCAAGCAGACGGAAUGCAUCACAGUGUGUGAUAUGGUGGGGGACAACACAGCAUGCGAGUUAAAAAAUUAGCAUAGAGCCGUUUCUUUUUUAUCGCCAACCCCAAGCUGUCAGCAUCGCUAGCGCUAGAGAAGAAACCUGAUAAACCUGAUUCGAUUUUUGAUCAAGUAUGACCUAGAGGUCAUGUUGAAACAAAAUCAUCAUCAGGGAAGAUAACAAAAAAAAA